UUGCUUUGUGCCUAUCAGUAGAUUUCUGCCAUGGGUGACAGGGAAACAAGCAACCACUCAGAAGUGACUGACUUCAUUCUUGUCGGCUUCAGGGUCCGCGCAGAGCUCCACAUUCUCCUCUUCCUGCUUUUUCUGCUUGUCUAUGCCAUGAUCCUUCUAGGGAACCUUGGCAUGAUGGUCAUUAUUAUGACUGACCCCCAGCUGAACACACCAAUGUAUUUCUUCCUAGGCAACCUCUCCUUCGUUGAUCUCUUCUAUUCUUCUGUUAUUGCACCCAAGGCUAUGAUGAACUUCUGGUCUGAGAGCAAGUCCAUCUCCUAUGCAGGCUGUGUGACCCAGCUCUUUCUCUUCGCCCUCUUCAUUGUGACCGAGGGCUUUCUCCUGGCAGCCAUGGCUUAUGACCGCUUCAUUGCCAUCUGCAACCCACUCCUCUACUCUGUCCAGAUGUCAACACGUCUCUGUGUUCAGUUGGUGGCUGCUUCCUAUUUUUGUGGCUGUGUCAGCUCAGUUAUUGAGACCAGCAUGACAUUUACUUUAUCCUUUUGUGCUUCUCGGGCCAUAGACCACUUUUACUGUGAUUACCGUCCACUUCAGAGGAUUUCUUGUUCUGAUCUGUACAUUCCUAAUAUGGUAUCCUUUUUCUUAUGCAGCAUUAUCAUUUUGCCUACCAUAAUUGUCAUUAUUGUGUCUUACAUAUAUAUUGUAUCCACAGUUCUAAAAAUACGCUCCACUGAGGGGCGAAAGAAAGUCUUCUCCACUUGCAGCUCUCACCUAGGAGUCGUGAGUGUACUGUAUGGUGCCAUCAUUUUUAUGUAUUUCAUCCCUGACAGAUUUCCUGAGCUGAGUAAAGUGGCCUCCUUGUGUUACACCCUGGUCACUCCCAUGUUGAAUCCUUUGAUUUACUCUCUGAGAAACAAAGAUGUCAAAGAAGCUCUGAGGAAGAUCCUAGGGAAUAAACUAAGUUUAUUUAAUUCUAUAUUAACUGAAAAUAGACUUAAGUAA